AUGGGAGGUACACCUCACCAGGUUCCUGGACCAAGAACUCAGGGGGCUGCAACAGGAGGCCAACCGCUCUCGGCGACAGCUAACCAAUUUGUGGACAAAAUUGAUCCAUUUAGCAAACGUGGGACCAGUAGGAGGAGGAGAAUCGUUAAUAGCAGCAGAUAUCAUGCUGAAAAUGAACCUGAACUGGUUCAACUCCCACUAAUCAAAGAUACCCCAGCUAACGAUCAGCCCGCCCUUGUUCUUCAAAAACUGGCUCAAUGUCAAAAGAUCUUCGAUUUUUACGAUCCAGUGGCCCAACUCAAGAGUAAAGAGAUUAAACGUGCAGCGUUAAAUGAACUAAUCGAUCACAUAACAACGACAAAAGGAGCGAUUGUGGAGUCGAUUUACCCCGAGGUCAUCAAAAUGGUCUCGAAAAAUAUUUUCCGCGUACUGCCGCCAUCGGAUAAUUCGGAAUUCGAUCCCGAGGAAGAUGAACCAACUCUAGAAGUAUCUUGGCCUCAUCUUCAGCUUGUGUAUGAGUUAUUCCUUCGUUUUCUGGAGUCGCCGGAUUUCCAAGCAUCCAUUGGAAAGAAAUACAUUGACCAACGUUUUGUGCUAAAUCUCCUCGAUCUGUUUGAUUCUGAAGACCCUCGGGAACGUGAUUUUCUCAAAACGGUUCUGCAUCGUAUUUAUGGGAAGUUCCUAGGACUCAGAGCUUUCAUUCGUAAACAAAUCAACAACAUGUUCUUAUCCUUUGUUUACGAGACAGACUCAUUCAACGGAGUUGGAGAAUUACUGGAAAUUCUCGGAAGCAUCAUUAAUGGAUUUGCCCUACCGUUGAAGCAGGAACAUAAGGUGUUCCUUGUCAAAGUUCUUCUGCCACUACACAAGCCAAAGUGUUUAUCGCUUUACCACGCUCAGCUUGCCUAUUGCGUCGUGCAGUUUAUUGAGAAAGAUUCAAGCUUGACGCCUCAAGUUUUUGAUGCACUUUUGAAAUUUUGGCCAAGGACUUGCAGCAGCAAGGAGGUCAUGUUUCUUGGUGAAGUCGAAGAAAUUUUGGAUAUCAUAGAACCUGAGCAAUUCAAGAAAAUCAUUGACCCACUUUUCCGGCAGUUGGCCAAAUGUGUCAGCAGUCCACAUUUCCAGGUCGCUGAACGAGCUUUAUACUUCUGGAAUAACGAGUACAUUCUAUCGUUAAUUGAAGACACAAGUGCACAAGUUAUGCCCAUAAUGUUCCCUGCUUUGUAUCGUAUAUCAAAAGAACAUUGGAAUCAAACUAUCGUGGCUCUAGUUUACAACGUUUUGAAAACGUUCAUGGAAAUGAAUGGCAAACUCUUUGAUGAGCUGACCAGCACCUAUAAAAUGGAGCGACAAAAGGAGCGAAAGCGGGAGAAGGAUCGAGAAGAUUUAUGGAAGAGACUGGAGCAACUGGAAUUGAAUCCCCCUGAUGCUAAUAAUCCUCCUCGUAUAUUCCCUAACACGCCUCUGACUCAAUUCAUUCAGCCGCGACCAAGCUCAGCUGCCUCUUUACCUAAAGAGGGAGAGAAGUCACCAGCUAGUGGGAAGAAACUGUCAAGUGGUAGUGUGGGAGGCACAAGUCCAUCAGGAAAGAAACAGUGA